ACUCAGGGCCUUUGUUAUAAAGCUCAAUCUGAGAAAAUAGUUGUGCUAUUACUAAAACAUAAUUCUGACAUCAAAAUAUCACACAAAGUCAUGAUCUUUGGUAAAUACUAAAGAUUUUAUGUUAAAGGCCAGUAAGUAAUAUUUUUCUGGCAGAAUUCCUCAACUGGAUGAAUAUUCAUGAGUAGUACAAACUGCAUUCGUGUUUGUUAAAACUUUAAAAAGAAAAUUUGACUAAAAUAAAGCUCUUAGCAGAAGUAUGUUGUGUUCCUGAUUUUAAUAGCAGGCUUUCUAGACAUGAAUCCUUUUACUGUUUCAUGGCACUAUAGAAAUUAUGUAAACAAUUUAAAGCAAAGUGCUUUUUUGAGCUUAUGAACUUGAGAAGACAAGAAAUAAAAAGGUAUUUGCUUCCUGUAGCGUGUAACAUUUAUCAUGUCACUGAAUCGCUAAAAUGAAAAGAAUAUAUAUGAUGAAUGGACACAUGAAGUCUCAAAACUACUUAUUUAUUGAUAUAGUGGGGAAGUCUUAAUGCAUGGUGGGGACUCCUUAAAUGCUCUCCCUUACUUACUUAGAUAAAAUGUCUUCCUGGGCUUGGCCUACUGGACAAACUUGAGUACAAAGGAAGGUUUAUAGAUUUAAUGCUGGGACCAAAAUAACUGCUUGCUGUGAAAAGUAAACUGUUUGAAAGACUAAAGGAAAUAAUAUAAUCCUAUUAGGGGUUGGUAGCAAUUUGAAAGUCUAUUCUUUGUUUUGAAAUUUUGAUGUUAUCAUAUGUUCUGCAGUUGGUACUCACUUGGGCUGCAUACCCCCCUCUUUUUCAAACCCAGUUAGUAAAUACUGGAGUAUACAUACAAAAAUAGCUGUUCCUCUUUGUAAGCACGGCUUUGAUCUUUGCACUUCCUUUUUACUUCUACCUCUUAAACAAGAUCAUCUGUGAUGCUUGAGUUGCAGUUGAUUAAAGCUCAGUUAGUCUGAAAUAGGCAGACUUUUCGAUUUAGUGAUCAUAUUCCUUAUGUUACUUGUCAUUAUUCCUUGAAAGAAAUUGAAGCUAAUUUCAGAAACAAACAUUUAGGCAGGUUGCUUUAGUAUACUUUUAGACUUGCCGAUAAUCAAUGAAGAAAGUUACUGCCUUGGCUUUCAGGGACUGCUCAUUGUGGUAGACAUGAGGUCUGGAGAAGGGAUGGGCAGCUACAUGGAUCUGGGACUAUCAUUACAUCACUCCGAGAUGGCAGAAGAGGAUCCGUAUUUGGGAGGGCACGAACAAAUGUUUCCCUUGAAUCCUUUGAAUCAUACAAUAUUUAAUCCAGAAUUAUUUCAACCAGAGAUGGCACUGCCAACAGCAGACGGCCCAUAUCUUCAAAUAUUAGAGCAACCUAAACAGAGAGGAUUUCGUUUCCGUUACGUAUGUGAAGGCCCAUCCCAUGGUGGACUACCUGGUGCAUCUAGUGAAAAGAACAAGAAGUCCUACCCUCAAGUCAAAAUCUGCAACUAUGUGGGACCAGCAAAGGUUAUUGUUCAGUUGGUCACCAAUGGAAAAAAUACCCACCUGCAUGCCCACAGCCUGGUGGGAAAACACUGUGAGGAUGGGAUCUGCACGGUAACUGCUGGACCCAAGGACAUGGUGGUCGGCUUUGCAAACCUGGGUAUACUUCAUGUGACAAAGAAAAAAGUAUUUGAAACGCUGGAAGCACGAAUGACAGAAGCGUGUAUAAGGGGCUACAAUCCUGGACUCUUGGUGCACCCUGACCUUGCCUACCUGCAAGCAGAAGGUGGAGGGGACCGCCAGCUCACAGAUCGGGAAAAGGAGCUCAUCCGCCAGGCGGCUCUUCUGCAAACAAAGGAGAUGGACCUGAGUGUGGUGCGGCUCAUGUUUACAGCUUUCCUUCCAGACAGCACUGGCAGCUUCACCAGGCGCCUGGAACCCGUGGUAUCUGACGCCAUCUAUGAUAGCAAAGCUCCCAAUGCAUCCAACUUGAAAAUUGUAAGAAUGGACAGGACAGCGGGAUGUGUGACUGGAGGGGAAGAAAUCUAUCUUCUCUGUGACAAAGUUCAGAAAGAUGACAUCCAGAUUCGCUUUUAUGAAGAAGAGGAAAAUGGUGGAGUCUGGGAAGGAUUUGGAGACUUUUCCCCCACAGAUGUUCAUAGACAAUUUGCCAUCGUCUUCAAAACUCCAAAGUAUAAAGAUGUCAACAUUACAAAGCCGGCCUCUGUGUUUGUCCAACUCCGAAGGAAAUCUGAUUUGGAAACUAGUGAACCAAAACCUUUUCUCUAUUACCCAGAAAUCAAAGAUAAAGAGGAAGUGCAAAGGAAACGGCAGAAGCUCAUGCCCAAUUUCUCGGACAGUUUCGGUGGCGGCAGUGGUGCGGGAGCCGGAGGCGGAGGCAUGUUCGGAAGUGGCGGCGCAGGAGGGGGCGCUGGAGGUACAGGUCCAGGGUACAGCUUCCCCAACUACGGAUUUCCUACAUACGGUGGAAUCACCUUCCAUCCUGGAGCUACUAAAUCUAACGCGGGGAUGAAGCACGGAACUUUAGACACCCAAUCUAAAAAUAACCCUGAAGGUUGUGACCAGAGUGAUGAGAGAGACACUGUAAAUUUCUCUGGGGAAGUCACUGGAAGCACAGAACAAGAUAAGGAGUCCCAUAAGCCCAACAAUAGGCAUGAUGAGAUUGCUCUAACGUACACAGUAGGAGUGAAGGAGGAAAACGCUAGGUGUCAAGAUAACCUCUUCCUAGAGAAGGCGAUGCAGCUGGCCAAGAGACAUGCCAAUGCCUUGUUCGACUAUGCGGUGACAGGGGACGUGAAGAUGCUGCUGGCUGUCCAGCGCCAUCUCACUACUGUGCAGGAUGACAACGGGGACAGUGUCUUACACUUAGCAAUUAUCCACCUUCAUGCUCAACUUGUGAGGGAUCUGCUAGAAGUCACAUCCGGCUUGAUUUCUGAUGAAAUUAUCAACAUGAGAAAUGAUCUAUACCAGACCCCCUUGCACCUGGCAGUGAUCACCAAGCAGGAAGAAGUGGUGGAGGAUUUGCUGCAGGCCGGAGCUGACCUAAGCCUUCUGGACCGCUUGGGUAACUCUGUUUUGCACCUGGCAGCCAAAGAGGGACACGACAAAAUUCUCGGUAUCUUGCUCAAGCACAAAAAGGCAGCACUACUCAUUGACCGCCCCAAUGGGGAAGGUCUGAAUGCCAUUCACCUAGCCAUGAUGAGCAACAGCCUGCCGUGUCUGCUGCUGCUGCUGGCCGCCGGAGCGGACGUCAACGCUCAGGAGCAGAAGUCCGGGCGCACAGCGCUGCACCUGGCUGUGGAGCACGACAACAUCUCCUUGGCCGGCUGCCUACUGCUGGAGGGUGAUGCCCACGUGGACAGUACCACCUAUGAUGGAACGACACCCCUACAUAUAGCGGCUGGGAGAGGGUCCACCAAGCUGGCAGCUCUUCUCAAAGCAGCAGGAGCAGAUCCCCUGGUGGAGAACUUUGAGCCUCUCUAUGACUUGGAUGACUCUGGAGAGGAUGAAGGAGUCGUACCUGGCACCACACCCCUCGAUAUGGCGGCCAGCUGGCAGGUAUUUGACAUAUUAAAUGGGAAACCAUAUGAGCCAGAGUUUACAUCUGAAGAUUUGCUAGCACCAGGAGACAUGAAACAGCUGACUGAAGAUGCGAAGUUGCAGCUCUACAAGUUGCUAGAAAUUCCUGAUCCAGACAAAAACUGGGCUACUCUGGCACAGAAGUUAGGACUGGGGAUACUUAACAAUGCCUUCCGGCUGAGUCCUGUACCUUCUAAAACACUUAUGGACAACUAUGAGGUCUCUGGUGGGACGGUCAAAGAACUGGUGGAGGCCCUGAGACAGAUGGGCUACACGGAGGCCAUCGAAGUGAUCCAGGCAGCUUCCAGCGCAGUGAAGACCACCUCUCAGGCCCACCUGCUGCCUCUCUCACCUUCUUCCACAAGGCAGCAAAUAGAUGAGCUUCGAGACAACGACAGCGUCUGUGACAGCGGCGUGGAGACAUCCUUCCGCAAACUCAGCUUUACGGAGUCUCUGACCAGUGGCAGCCCAUUGCUAACUCUUAACAAAAUGCCCCAUGAUUACGGGCAGGAAGGACCUAUAGAAGGCAAGAUUUAGCCUGCUGGCAAUUUCCCACUCUGUGUAAACCAAAGUCCUAAAAUUCCACUGCGUUGCCCAAAGGAAGGAAGGUAAAGUGCGUUCAGAGGUGCUCAGAAGAAAAGCAGAAUCAUUCUUGACUUAAUUCAAGGCCUUCUAAACUUGGCUUCCUUUCUUGGCUCAUAAAUGAAUUUUAGCUGGGUUCACUUGCAGCUCGUACCUAGCAAUCACAGUGCUCGGCUGAGUGCUGUGUCUGGGGAGGGGUGGCUUACCGAGCUUUGCUGGCUGCUCCCAGAUCACAGUCGCUUCUGUUGUGAUUGCUGCUGUCCCCUGCUGCCUCCUGCUAUCAUUAAAAGGUAUCACUCUGCCUACUCUCCAGCCAUCCAGAACCUUCAAAUCAAGAAUUAAGAAAAGAGUAUUUUAAAAUGAGAGUCACUUAGUGUGCAAUAAAAAAAAAAAAGACAUAUUGCUUUUUCAAAGAUUGCUAUCUCUGUGAUUUAAAAAAAGAGAACACACACUUGUCAAUAUUUAAACAUGAUUACAAUCUGUGCUGAAAAUGCUAUUUUCUUUCCCCCCUUUUCUGCAUUUUGCUAUUGUAAAUAUGUUUUUUAGAUCAAAACUUUAAGGGAAAAGAUAUUGGAUUUAUAAAUGCUAUUUUUUAUUUUACUUUUAUAAUAAAAGGAAAAGCAAAUUGAUGACCUC